AUGAAGUUCACUCUGAUCUCCUCCGCCCUCUUCCUGGCGACUGCUGCCAUGGCCUCCCCGGACGGUAUUGACGUGAACUCUAUCGUCUCCGACGUCGAAGGCAUAUACUCAACUGCCGUCGGCGGCGGCCAAUCCAUCGGAUCCGAAAUCGCCUCCAAGGCCACCUCUUUCGCCGAAGCCGUGAGCACCGGCGGAGCCGCCGCCAUCUCAUCCAUCAAAAGUGAGGCUUCUGCCCUCGCCAGCGAAGGCCGCUCCAUCGGCUCUGAGAUCACCAGCCGUGUUGCCACCGCAGUUUCGGCUCAGACCACUCUGGCCGACUCCGCCGGUUCCGCCACCGCUACUGAGUUCACUACCAUGACCAGCGCAGUCUCCACCGGGUCCGCGUCUUCCGGCUCUUCCGGCUUUUCCUCCACAUCUGACAACGCGGCCUUUGCUCGUCCCACUGCUGUCGGCGUUGUUGCUGCUGGUAUGGCCGGUGUGCUGGGUCUCAUGGUUGCACUGUAA